AAAGCGACCUUGUGGUGCUGGUUGAAGAUCCCAUUUUCUGGUCUUUUGUCCUAAACAAAAACAUAGUUGUCAAACGUUCAUUUACAAUCGAUAGUACUGUUUUCUUCCUUUUCUUUUGAUUGCUUGACGAGUUUAUAUAGUUGGAAACUCCGACAAGCUGCUACUACUCUAGUUCUGUUACGUUAUUAUUUUAUGUUUUUUGCACGUUAUAAAUUUCUUUAUUAGUUAUCAUUGCACAUAUAUUUUACUAUAUUUGACUUCUCAAAGCUUCACCAGUCCCCUCAGAAUGAACAUCAUUUGAUACCGAACCUUUUGGAAGCUUCAAUCUUGCAUCUUUCUGACCAAGAGUCUGAAUAUUAAUAGAUGGCAGCAGUACUGGCUUCAAGCAGUUGCUGUUGCCAUAGUAUGGAGUUGGUAAAUCAAGAGAAUCUCAGUUUCUCAGGCGCAAUUUCAGUUUCAAAGUUUCCAAACUCUGUAAAACCAAGAUAUAACUAUCCACCUCGUGCCGACGAAAGUAUUCGGUUUCGGGUGAAAAUGCAGCAGGCAGAACCGCCGUCGAAGUUGGGUGUCAAUGGAAGAGCUGUAAAGAUGGUACCAGCAAGUGAGGUAGUGAAAAGGAGAACCCAAUCUAAAGAAAAAGUGGAGAAAGUGAAUGGCUUCCCAAAAAAAGUAGAGAAAGUGAAUGGUUUCACAAACAAAGUAGAGAAAGUGAAAGUGAAUGGUUCAGUUGUUAAUGGAGUUAGUUUAGUUAAAAGCAGUCCUGCAUCGUCAUCAAUUGUUAAGACGCCAAAGGUUCGAGUCUCUAAAGAACUUCCGCCAUUGGAGGAGCUAAAGGUUUUGCCCACAGAUGAAGGCUUCAGUUGGGCCAAUGAGAACUAUAACUCCUUGCAAAGGAGUAUAGAUGUUUGGUCUUUUGUUAUCUCAUUCCGUAUUCGUAUCCUAUUCGACAAUGCGAAAUGGGCCUAUUUGGGUGGCUUCACAGAAGAUAAGCAGAAAAAUAGAAGGCGGAAGACCGCUUCAUGGCUUCGAGAACGUGUGCUGCAGCUUGGCCCGACAUUUAUCAAACUUGGACAGUUAUCUUCAACAAGGUCAGACCUGUUUCCCCGUCAGUUUGUGGAUGAGCUUGCCAAGUUGCAGGAUAGAGUCCCAGCCUUCUCGCCAGAUAAAGCAAGACGCUUUAUUGAGAGUGAACUUGGAGCUCCUAUCAACAUAUUGUUUAAGGAAUUCGAGGAACAGCCGAUUGCUGCUGCGAGUCUUGGUCAGGUUCAUCGGGCUAUCCUGCAUAAUGGAGAGAAAGUAGUUGUAAAAGUCCAAAGACCAGGCCUCAAGAAGCUUUUCGACAUUGAUCUACGAAAUUUGAAGCUAAUUGCAGAGUACUUUCAGAGAAGUGAAACUUUUGGGGGUCCAACCAGAGACUGGAUUGGUAUAUAUGAAGAAUGUUCAACGAUUUUGUAUCAAGAAAUCGACUAUAUAAACGAAGGGAAAAAUGCUGAUCGGUUUCGCCGAGAUUUUCGGAAUAUAAAGUGGGUCCGAGUACCUUUGGUGUUUUGGGAUUACACUGCCACAAAGGUGCUGACCUUGGAAUAUGUACCAGGAAUUAAGAUAAAUGAACUGAAUAUGCUCGAUUCGCGGGGUUAUAGUCGAUCUAGAAUUUCAUCACGCGCUAUCGAAGCAUACUUGAUUCAGAUACUAAAAACAGGUUUCUUCCAUGCUGAUCCUCAUCCCGGAAAUCUUGCGAUUGAUGUGGAUGAAACAAUUAUCUACUAUGAUUUCGGUAUGAUGGGCGAGAUCAAGACUUUCACCAGAGAGCGGUUACUUGACCUUUUCUAUUCUAUUUAUGAGAAAGAUGCAAAGAAGGUCAUGAGAAGUCUCAUAGAUCUCGGAGCAUUACAGCCAACAGGAGAUAUGUCAUCGGUAAGAAGAUCUGUGCAGUUCUUUUUGGAUAACUUGUUGAGCCAGACACCGGAUCAGCAACAGACUUUGGCUGCGAUUGGCGAGGAUUUAUUUGCAAUAGCACAAGAUCAACCGUUUCGGUUUCCAUCUACAUUUACUUUCGUCAUCAGGGCAUUUUCAACUCUAGAAGGCAUAGGCUACAUCCUUGAUCCAGAUUUUUCCUUUGUGAAGAUUGCUGCACCAUAUGCUCAGGAGCUUCUAGAUUUAAAACAGAAGCAGCGGACUGGGACACAACUUGUGCAAGAAAUAAGGAAACAAGCCGAUGAUGCUAGAACCUACACCAUGUCCAUGCCAUACAGAGUUCAGAGAAUAGAAGAGUUUGUGAACCAACUGGAGGCUGGAGAUUUAAAACUUCGAGUGCGAGUGCUUGAGUCUGAAAGAGCGGCUCGAAAAGCGACGAUACUACAGAUGGCGACAAUGUAUACAGUCAUUGGUGGUACCUUGCUAAACCUUGGGGUCACUUUCAGCAGCCAAGGCAGCCAAGUUGUUGCAAAUGGAUCAUUCGUUGGGGCAGGAGUCUUUUUGGCAUUGUUUGCUAGGUCUAUGCAAAGGGUGAAGAAACUUGAUAAAUUUGAGAAGAUGAUAUGAUCUCUCACUAUACAAGUCAAAUAAUCCAUUUUGUUGAAAGCCUUAAUAAAAGAAAUAUAUAUUCUAAUUCUUUUACUUGCAUAUAAUACACGUCUGCGUUUCAUACAGAACACCUAAGAGGAAAUACUUUCUACUGUUGGACACAAAAGAGAACAUUUUUUCUGUUUCACACAAAUAGUAAUAAUAACAAGAAAGGUCUUCUGGGGGAGCUGUUUUAUUCUGGCAUUAAUGUUCAUGUGUUAACGUAACUGGUACCACUAAUAAUACGUGAGUCAUAUAUAUUUGUAAGAUUAACAUGAGUAGUGG